AGUUUCGUCGUCAAAUUGCGUCAUUGGACUAAAUAGUAUUUGUAAAAAUCAGAAUUGAAGGUAAUUGAAAUUGAAACAAUAUGUGUCAAAGUUUUUAAAAUUGUGGCAACCUUAAAUUAGGUGAAAAUAAAUAUAAAUGGAGUAUUUUAGUAACUUGGAUUAAGGUUGUUUCAAGUUACAGUUAUCCUGUGGGGAAGCGUAAAGCAUGACGGCUGUAUCCCUGGCGCAGUAUGGAAAAAGUUGACAUUUUUGUGGAGCAAGUUAAUUACAAUGCUGAGCACGACAUAUUCUUCGCAAGCGUUGAAGUGGACGAUCCUGUGAAAGCCCUUGGUGACGUUGUCGACCCAAACACAGACUUCAAGGCGGAAGAAGUUCCGAACUCGAGCAACCCGUCUCCUUCGAGGAGUUUCGACUUGCCGGCAGCGUCAGCGGGGACCGCCAGGAGACGGGCGAGCUCGCCGGAGCGGGGCAGGACGGACUCCCCGUUGCUGCGGCUGAUGUCGCUGAACCGAGAGUAUAACUUGGAAGGGAGGAGCCCAGACAUGACGUCAUUACCUAUGGUGCAUGCCUACGUUUCCAUGGCGACUCAAGAUAAGAUGGCGGCUGCUGAUGCGACCACUGUCCGUGGGCAUCAGAGGGAGGAAACGAGGCGCGUGGAACCACGGGGAAGUAUCAUUUCGUUAGACGGAGGAACAGGCUCUCAGUAUUGCGUGGGUGAAGAGGUCGGUGGCGGACAGAACUGGGAUCCUGCAGGGCGCGGAAACGUGCUGGCAGGGAGAGCGAACGGGAGCAUGACCACGGCAGACCAGGUGGCGUGGGAGUUCAGAGCAGCUAGAGACGCGCUGGAAACAGCGUCCAACUUCUCGGGCUGCUCGUCCCGCUUCGACGUGGAGUCUAACUGCUCGGACCGGGCGGAGACCAUGUCCACCAUAUCCACCGUGAGUGGCUACGAGGAGGAGAUGUUCAGGAUAAAGAGAUUGUUACUGAUGGACGCGGAGGCCACUUCUCCGCAGAAGCCCAAGGAAUUGCGGAAAGAAUUCAGGUACGACGAUAAACAGAAUGGUCACCCCAAGAACCUACUAAACGGAGGUAGUUUUGACAGCGUAAACAAUUCAGAAGGCUCUGUGUUUGAAAUCCCUCAUCUGAAGAUGCAGUUGCAGGAUGCUAUUCAGAUGAAAGAAAAGUACAAAGAAGCUUUGGAAUUAUCGACGAGUGAGUCUUUAGAAUGGCAGGGUAAAUACCAAGAGAGUUCACGCCAGAAAGCCCACAUUGAAGGUAGGCUAGAGUCUCUUAAAACAGAGUUGGAAUCAUUGCGGCAGAAAUUAGCCACAAACGAGACUGAAAACAAAUCACGGCGUGCCAUGGAAGGGAAGGUAGUGUUCCAAGAAAUGGAGAAGAUGACAUGUGAACAUGCUAAAAUCCAGCAGAUGUCCAGAGACGUACAGAACAAGAAUCAGGAGCUCAGUUUGCAACUAGAGUUCAAGGAGACGGCUUUAACCCAUGCAAAAAAUGAAUUGCAAGAGUGUGAAUCUGCGAACGAGAAGUUGCGCAUCCAACUUCACGAGCUGCAAGUGGAGAUGGACUCCAAGGAUGGAGCCAUUCAAGGCCUGAAGGCGAAGAUCGCGAGUCUCCACGUGGAGUCUCAGGCACAUUUGCAGGCGAAUGUGAAAGCGAACAAUACAAUUUUGCGCUUGAAAGGUGAAAUAGAUUCGCUAAACAAGUCGAGUCAGUGGUACUGCGACCAGCUGCAUGCAUGUCAAGAAGCUAAAGUGAAAGUCCAGCAGGAAUUGAUGACUUGUCAAAGUAACAUGAUGUCCCAGAGCCACCUGGUAGAGAAACUGAAAACUGAAGUUGUUGACUUGCAGCAUGAAUGUGAAGACACACGUAACCGUGCAAUCAAAGAGAAAGAAUCCCUCAUGAGGAAGCUUGAAGUAAUUCAGGCUGAUAUUUUAGAGCGAGAAGCAAUAUUACUAAGUCAGAUUCAACAUGGAGAAGCAUCUGAAACUCUGACUACGAUAACCAAUAAGUUGAGGAAGAUCGACGAAGAGAAAUGUGAACGUGCCAGUAACUUAGGCUUCACAGUUAAAGACUUGGAACAAGAAGUUCAGUUAUUGAAAAAUGAGUUAAAUAACAAGAACGAUAAACUGCAGGCUUUAGAAGCCAAUAAUGCAGAAUUGAUGGUUCGCAUAACAACAGUACAAAAAACUUUGAACGAACGUGAAUUGUGUAUUCAGAACUUACAAAAUAACUACAUGUCAUUGGAAAGCGCCCUUUCAAAGGAAAGGAAUAGCUUGAAGGAUAGGGACAACUUAUACCAUGAAUUAAUGGCUGAAAAAAUUAAUUUAGAAGUAUCGUUAAAAACUGAAACAAAAGAGAAAACAGAAAUCAAUGAAGUAAUAGAGAAAUUAAGGACAGAUUUUUUAAAUGUUUCUCGAAACUACCAAGCAAUGAAAGCUGACUUGAGACACAAAGAGAACCUCAUUUUGAAUCUAGAGAAAUUAUUAAAAGAACUGCAGGCAGAUAAACAUAACUUGGCAUUGAAAAAUGAGGAACUGGCGGUUGUAGAGAAGAGGGCCUCAGACUCAGCGGAGCAGCAGAAGUCCCUGGAGAGGACGGUGGCCAGACUAACAGAAACACUGGCAGUUCGAGAACAACAGCUCGUGGCUGAAGGUCAGACAGUUGAGUUACUCAGGAGUGACUUGCAGAGGAAGGAGGCCUUGGUGGGAGAACUGCAAAGUGCGAAGCAACAGCUCGAAGAAAAUUGGAGGAAAGAAAAGGCUGUCUCUAAGGCGAUGUCGGACCGACCUCUCCAGUUUGAGACGCCGGGAGAUGUAAUGAGAGAACUCGAAUUAGCCAGGCAUCCGAAUCGGGAGCACAGCGACAGCCGCAAAAAGGCUACAAAGGACACGAAACACGCUAGCUCGCAAACUGAAAAUGAAUCGAGAGAAAUCAGGACGUCCAGUCUCGAACAUCAAACGCAUCAGGAGCACAGGUUUUGUGACUGGAAUAAAAUUGAAUCGUUUUCCAAACAAAAGAACUUUGAAGGGAAUGUUCAGGUAAGCAAACGUUUCCAGCAACUGUGCAGUCUGAUAGUUGAAACAAGAAGCAUGUUAGGUAAUUCCUUGGGCAGACGUACGAAACAAGCAGAUUUGACCGGUGACCAGUGUGAAAGUGUGGAAUCGCUGUGUGCUGCGGUGGCUGCGGUGAACGAGGAUGUGAAGGCGUUGCUCUCGGGCGGUGUCGGCUCGGAGCGGGAGGGGGCAGCGUCCCACGCGUGCCGCCGAGAGGUGGAGCGGCUCAAGGCCAUGCUGCGGCUGUCGGAGACGGAGCACAGGGAGAAGCACCGCUGCUACGAGCUGAACGUGCGCACGCUGCUGAAGAAGGUGAAGGAGCACUUGCGCGGGCGGCGCGCGGCCGAGAAGCGCCUGAAGGACGCGCAGGCGAUGGUCGAGGAGUCGGCGGGGGUCCGGGCGACGUGCGAGGAGCACGCCCGGGCGGCGGAGCGGCUCCGGCAGGAGCUACUGCGGUCGGAGAAGGAGCGCGGCCGGCUGGAGGAGGCGGCGAGGGAGCGGCCGUCGCCGGCGGGCCCCGGGGACGCGGCGGGGGCCGAGCCCCUGGAGCUGAGGGCGAGAGAGCUGCAGCUGCAGCGCUCCCGGGAGAAGGAGGCCGAGCUCGAAGAGGAGCUGCGCAAGUCCAAAAUCAUAAUGAAGGAACUGCGCAAAGAGGUGUUCCGGGAGAAGUGCGAGAGCUCCCGGCUGCGCAAGCAGGCGUCCAGCCUGCAGGUGGGGCUGGACGCGGCCGGCGAGGAGCUGGACGGCCGCAGGGUGGACCUGGGCCGCAGCGAGGCCAUGUGCGAGCUGCUGCGCAAGGGCGGCGAGCGCCUGCAGCGGGAGCUGGAGCGCGAGCAGCGCGCCCACGAGGACGCUCGCCAGGAGCUCGAGGAGCUGCGCGCCUCGCUGCAGGACAGCCGCGCCAAGGACCCCGUGCUCGCCGACCAGAUCAAGACGCUCAGCUACCACCUGCACCAGAAGACGCGGGAGGUGGAAGCCCUGCAGCAGAGCGCGCGGCUGGCGGAGGCGCGGCGGCGCGCCGAGGAGCAGCGCCUGGGGCGCGACGCCGCGGCCCUGCGCGGAGAGCUGGACUCCCUGCGCGGCGAGCUUGACGCCUCGCGCGCGGACAGGUUCAGCCUGCAGGCGCAGGCCGCGGAGCUGCGCGCCGCGCUGCAGUGCAGUCUGGACAGCAGCCGGCUGCUGAAGGCCAAGUUGGAGUCGCUCGGCUGCGACGCGGGCGACCGGGAGCGACCGCCCGACCUGACGUCGAGCCUGCCCGCUCCGCCGGCGCGCUACGACGAGGCCCGCAUCGCGGCGCUGCUGGCGCAGAGCUCGGCGCCGCUGCGCGGCACGCCCCUGGGCAACCUGCGCGGCUGCCUGGACUCCCUCAAGCUGGAGAUGUCGGCGCUGCAGGAGCAGAUAACCGCCCGGACGAGCGCCGACCGGGAGCGCCACAAGGUGCAGAGGGUGUGACAGACUCCGCUUCGGGAUGUUCACUAACACGCGCAACCAACAUCACCAUCACAAUCAAAAUUACACUGUUUCGGCAAAAAUAGCGCUGGGAUAUAUUUAACCAUCUUUGUAAAUAAACAUCAUUUAUAAAAAUAAAUCUAAUAAAACCAUAAAAUCUGGUCUUUAUUGUUGUUCAUUAAGUGUUAAUUUCUUUUUUUAAAAGAUGAAAAAAAAAAUUAAUAGUUAUAUUUAAAAAAAAAACAUAGUAGCUUUACUUAAAAUAUUGCCUUGUAAUGUCAGUUUGUAUCCCAAGCUGUUGUGAUUAUUAUAUCUUUUCAAGUGUGUGAUGAUUGGUGGUCGGAAAUGUAUGUAUGUAUCAUGUUGUUACAAAUUAAGUUUACAAUAAUUGAAGAAUGUUGUGACUGUCAAGUACAUACAUUAUCUUUGACUUCAUAAUUUUUUUCCCUUUCUCUUCUUUAUCUUUUUGCAUCUUUUUUGAUAUUUCCAAAUUUUACUUCCUUUAUCCACAUAUCUGGUGUGGUUUCUCUUGUGAUGUGUGCUUCAGUGGAAGAUGUGAAGUGGUGUUCCUUGGUACGUACCCUGGUCUUGUGAGCUAUUACCGCGGGGCCAAGGAACUCUUGUACUGGGUCGUGUGUGGCAUUGCCGUGUUGUCGAAGAUUCGGGACUACUGUUAUUUUUUUGUUUUUGAACCACUUGGGUACAGCUGUGCGGAAUCUCAUUCUUUUUCGUGUGUGCAUUCUGUCAUUUGCCAUUAUGUUAUGCUGGAAAUAUGGUAUUUUUUACUAUAUUUACCAUCUUUAUUUAUUAGUAUUCAAUCAACAAAAAUAUUUUAAGAGAGCCUAAAUUAAUUAUUUUUUUUUAAAUGUCAAAUAGGCUAAAAUAAAAUAUAGUAUUCACACACUGAUGGUAGCUAUUUUUGUUUCAGCUAUAACACAUCUUAAAUGUCAUUAUAGGUUCACAAACUUAUAUUUUACUGAAUUUAGUUCUUUGUAUUUUAGUUCUCAUUACUACGUAUUAAUUGUGGAGAAUAUAUAUAUAUAUAUAUAUAUAUAUAUAUAUAUAUAUAUAUCUGUGUGUGUGUGUGUGUGUGUACCGUGUUUUCUCGCAUAAUCGUCGCACAUUUUAUUCCAAAAUCUAGUUUGAAAAGUAGGGGUGCGACGAUUAUGCGGAAAAAAAUUUUUUUUGUUAGAUAAAGUAUUUAUAAAAACAAAACCCAUUCACAGAAAGUACGUUUAUUUACAAAGUGAAGUAUAAAAGAGCACGCCAAACAAUUUAAUUUAAUAAGUCAUGCAACAAAAACCUUUCUUCAACUUUAAAUAGAAAAUCAAAAUCUGUGAUCUAAAUGCAAGCCGAACGUACUGUAGUAAACACCAAGAAAGAGUGCGGGCUAUCAAAUGUAGUUAACUCGGUACCGGAUAGAGAGCGCGCGUUGCAUGCAAUCGGCGAUAUAUCGAUAUUCGACUACGUGUGCGCGCUCUAUACUGGAAGCAACAAAACCAAACAGUAAUGAUUGCAACGAGCGCUGGCUACAUUUUUGUAAGCGGUACACUGCGGUGACGCAGACGAACAGAUAAAGGUUAAAACGUUUAAAAAGUCUUUAAAUGAAAAUUUACACAUCAGACAGCUUCGUAUUUCCGUUAUUUAAAUAAGUACGCGGUAAUUUCUGAAUAAAUAUUAUAUUUAUACUUUAAAAUACAUCGUUUUAUACGGAAAAGAUACCUACUAAAAGCGCUCGGCAUCUAAUAGCGGGACCAAAAACAUCAUACGACGUUUACGCGAGAGGUUUUUUUUAUCCAAAUUUUGACGCCCUAAAAUAUGGGUGCGACGAUUAUGCGAGUGCAACGAUUAUGCGAUAAAAAAGGGUAUGUGUAUGAAUAUAUUUUUUUAAUAAAUCCUAUAUAACUGAAUAUGGUUUCGUGCUUCCUGUGGAGUUAUUCAUGAUAAAGGACUGAGCACAUCUUGACAUAUGUACUUGUGUAUACAUAGGUUUAGCCUAAUUGAUUCAUUGGGUUUCAAAGCACUAUUUAUCAAGUAGUAUACAACGUACAAACAUGGGUGAUAAAUUAAUAGAUACAUACAUACAUUCACUAAGUUUCUGAAACAUUCUACUAAUGUUCAAUUGGUCACCCGGCACACAUUCAAACGGUAAUCCAGUUUCCUCCAUACGUACUCUAGCAUGUUUCCGUUAAUGUCUGUCACAGAUGCAGUGAUGCGUUCCUUCAGUUCUUGCAGCGUUGCUGGCAUUUGGGGUACAUAAACUUUGUCCUUAACAUAACCCCACAAGAAGAAAUCACAUGGCGUGAAAUCUGGCGACUUGGAGGGCCAUGGCAACAGAGGAACGUCACCCAGACCAGCAUCCCCUAUCCAGCAAUGUGGCAGCUCGCUGUUGAAAAAGGCGCGGACAAUUGUGUUCCAGUGAGGUGGAGCCCCAUCCUGUUGAAAGAUGAAAGUCAAGGAGUCAUCAGUCAGUUGUGGCUAUAACCACAACUGCAACAUAUCCAGGUACACAGAACUUGUCACCGUCUUCUCGAUAAAGAAAAAGGGGCCAUACACCUUUGUCUUGGAUAUGGCAUAGAAGGCAAACACACGUGGCAAAUUUCUUUCCAGCUCCACGCAGACAUGUGGCAGUUCAGUACCCCACACUCUCACAUUGUAAUGAUUCACCUUUCCCGAAAGAUGGAAAAUUGCCUUGUUGCUGAAUAUCAAUGUCCCUGCAAAGUCAUCAUUAUCUCCCACUGCUUUCUGCAUUCGAGUACAAACCUCCAGUUGGCGGGCUUAAUCAGUCUGGAUUCAGGUGUUUUAACAGUUGCAAACGGUAGGGUUUAAAUUUUAAACACAGACGCAAAACAUUCCACACUUUUUCUGCGGAAUGCCCAGUUCAUGGGUUGUAAGAGCUGCGUACAAAGCUCAGUCUCUUCUGAGACAUGCGGUUGUCCAUGGCUUUUCCUUUACACAGACAGCUAGUAAUACGAAACUGGCGAAACCAACACAAGAUGCUCUUGGCGACCAGGUGAAACUUUUCCGUAUUUACGUACGAAUGCACGCUGGACGCUCGUAACUGACAAACACUUCGCAUGUUGUAACACACAAAAACUCUUCUCAGGCAUUGCCGUAAUCUUUUAGCAUGCCAUCACAGGCCAGUCAUCUAGAAUGGGAUUUUUAAACGUGGUGAGUAUAUCUUUCCAUGUAUCACCCAGUACACUUUGUACGUCAUAUGCUUGUCAUUUAACAUUGCUAUGAAACCCGAUGAAUCAUUUUUAUUUUUGGUGUCAGUUAACUAAGAAACAUUAAUAGGGAUGGUGAUUUAUAGCAUUUAAAAUAAUAACAUUUAGCAUUUUGAAUUUGAAAUUUAGCAUUUUGUAGCAAUUUUAAAAACAAGAUUUAGCCAUUUCUUUCAUUUUACAUUACUGAAGAAAAGUAUAUUUUUAAAAAGCAUUAAAUAAUACACACAUUAAUUAUUAACAACCACAGAAAUAAAGAUCUAGCACAACUACAAAGAUAACCUAUCUUGGCAGGUUUCCAAACAACUCUUUAGCACUUAUGAGUGCAAUAAAUUGAAUACUUAAAAUUGCAAUAAAUAUAUUUUAGCUGUGUUAUGGCCAUAGUUGAUGUAGAGUGCACAAAUAAUUUUAUUGAAACUUUUUUUUUUUUUUUUUUUUUUUUUUUUUUUUUAAUUUUCGCCUUCUUUUGGUUUUCGAUCAUGCCAGAAACCGUUGCUUGCUGUUUUACCGACUUUUUUUCUUGAUCCGAUUUCUCGGUGAAUUUUUUUCUUCCACUCCAGACGGCGAUUAAAUAAAUUGCGCAUUAAAAUAUUCGUAUCACUUUCGUAGAACUGUUCACUUUUGUAUUCAUUUAUGCAAUCGCAAAUGGAAAUUACGUUUCGUCCCAUUUUUACCACGAGAAAUAACAGUAUAUAAUACAUUCACGAGUAUGCACGUAUUUGUAAACACACCACCUUCCACAGACUACACAAGAACGCGGCUUUCACGUGAAACACAGCCAGAAAAUGGGACUUACAAUUGUUAGCGCAGCGAAGCAGAGAUGUCGCAAUAUGGUGGCCUAUAAACUUGUGCUCUGCAAGAUGAUGGACAAUCUUCCAGCUAGUUCUUUGCUUUGUUUACAAUCGCGAGGUACGGAUGGCCAUUUUUUAUUCAAUAUUUACGAACAAGUGUUGUGAAUGACGUGACAAUAAGAUACUUGUGCUGAAUACGCCAUAAAAUGAUGGUUUCUUUUGAUACUGAACUGAAACGAAAUACAAUGUGUAAAUAAAUAAUUGUGUAGAGUGAAGACGAAUCUACGAUUUUUACCUUGAUUUUGCAUUUAUCUCGGAAUAGUCUAGAUUUCGCAUUUUAUAGCGGAAAAAAAUAAUUUAGCAUAUUUUCGCAUCUAUUUCGCGAAAACGAAAAAUCACCAUCCCUAAACAUUAAUAGUUUAAGCUAAUCUUCUUUUCUUGUAGUACAAUAUGUUGCAUUUCCUUAUUUCACUACUUUUAUCGUAGAAACACAUUUGGUUUGAUGAGGUAAUUAUUUUGUAUGUGCAUUUGUUACAUAGUUUAGCGUAGAUUUGUUAUGUGCAGUAAUUGUCCUGGUACUCUGUAGUAGUGUCUUCCAAAGGACUUGGUGCCAUUACUAUAAUUUUUUUAUAUUAGCAUUUCGUUGUUUAUUUUGACAUUCUAAAUGAGUUACUGUACAUAAUUGUUAUAUUAUUUGUUUGUGGUUAUUUCUAGAGUAUUGUAAAUUGUUAUAUGUUUUUUAAUUUAUAUGUGCUUUCUUUGUGGUGCUAUGAUGUAUAUGGACCAUGUCCAUACUUGAUUUCAAUUCAUUGUAUGCAUAGUAAAAUUAGUCUCCAUAUUAUUAAAUAUUAAUUCUUAGAAAGAUGGUAUUUCCAGACAAAAUUUCAUGAGAGCAUCUAUAUUUACUAUUUCAUGAUUACCAGAGCGACCAAAAAAAUGUUGUUGGACUUGUUUUUUUGUCUUGCAAUAAAGUCACUCAUUUGUGUGAGUGUUUUUGAAUAGCAAAGAACCUAGUGUUUUUAUCCUCUGAUCUUGUGUUGGCACAAGUGUUAUUAUUAAAAGUGUUUUCUUUGAAGAAUUAAAAAAAAAUAGAUCAAUUAUUUUUUUUAAUACAACAUUUAUAAACAUCAUCUUUAAAAACUAUAAUUUAAUUUGUGAUUUUGAUUUGGCAUACAUUCACCUUCAUCACUUUUACUUUCAUAAAUAAUUGAUGUGUACUUUUUCUUUAGGAAGUCAUCUUUCGAUACUAUUGAAAUAAAAAUACACAUUUAAAAAUAAUAUUUUAUGAAAAUUAAAAUUGUGUUUGCUAAGCAUGCUAAAUUACAUAUCUAUGUAAUAUAUUAUUUAUGUUGCACACUGGGUUCUGUCUGCUAAAACUGAACAGUGCUCAUAAUACAAGGAAGCACUUAAGUUACACAGUCAGGCUUGUAACAAGCAGUUACAUGGUGUUACUGGCUUCGUAAGGAUACAUAGUAUAAUAACAAACUAGGAACUCAAUACUGUACCUUAAUGCACUUUUAUGCUGAUAAUAUAAGAUUAAACUUGGAUUAUGAUAAAAUUUAUUUUCUGUGAACAUCGUUAACAAAAUGAUGAACUUGUUUUCUCAACGAUAUGUAAAAUUUAACUACAGGAACUACUACUUUUUUCAAGGAACAGAGUUUAGUAGGAUGAUUUUGAUAAGUAUUCAAAAUCCAGAUUGAUAAGUAAGAGGAAUGUGACUAGUAGAAGAAUUAAAUGGGACCAAAGAAAAUUUAUAUCUAAGUGUAAAUUUGAGAAUAAAGUGUGCUAAGUUUUUCACGUAAAUAGUAAUGGGUUUAAAAGCAGUGUUCUAGAACAGAUUACAGAUUAGAAUGAUAAAUUUGUCUACUGUUAGUUAAAUUUGUUAUAAAUAUGUACCAGUAUCAUUAGAUUGUUCAAAAAUGAUUUAUAAAAGUGAUGUAAAUGUAACAUUUUGGAACAAUUAUGAAGAAAACUGGUUGUAUUUGUAGUACAAUUAUAUAGCUCCAAAUUACAAACUUUAGAUGUUGACUGUUGUAAAUAAAUCAGAAUUGUAUUUUGUUCAGCAUGUCAUUGUUUUUAUACAAAUGACUAGAGACCUGAAAAAACAAGGUUAUAUUUUCUUUAACGUGGUGUUAUUUUUUAUAAAAUUUGCAAGCAAUUGUUUUUUAUGUGCACUUUUAUUUGACAACAUUGAUUUUUUUUUUAAUUUAACCACAACCUAAUGCUUAUAAUUAAUUUUACAGAAAUUCUGUUUCGUAGUUGUGUUAGAUUACUACAUUUAAAUCUAACAGUGCAUAAUAAUUCAAAUGGGUAAUUGAAUUUAGUCAUCAAAAGACAGCAUAAUCAACAAUUCAACACUGCUUUCGUUCAGGUUCUGCCUUCUGUCUGUGAUGACUAAGCUGUAGUGACUAAGUAACAGUUCACUGUCAACAUUGUUUGUAGGUCUACAAACAGCACGCAGGGCUGCUGCUAUUGCAAACUGAUUGUAAUUUAUACUCAGAGAAGUCAGCACUUUCAACAUAUCUAUGUGCUUUUCUGUCUUUGAAAAUCUCUUUCACAUCUCCUGUAAAGGCUUCAUAAACCUUUAAAAGUUCAGUGUUAUCAAAAUAAUGGAGUUUGGAAGAGUUUUCAUUAGUGAAAUAACAUCUUCUGACCUUUUAAGAAUGAUGUUCUUUGGGUUGAAACAUUUAACGUCCUGAAUAGUGGUGCAGAAGGGUCAUUGGCAACAUCAUUGCCACUAGAGCAGUUUUGCCUGGUGUUCCUGUGUUAGUUACUUUUUACCUGCUUUGCAGCGGAAUCUUUUCUUUCAAAAGCCACUGGGCAGUUGCAGUUAUUUAUUAAUGGCAUAAACACCAUAAUUUUUGAACUUGUCAGCUUGUUACCUUGCACUAACAUCAUUUUUUGGAUUAUUAAUAUGGAGCAAUUAACAAUCAAGACUGGACAUAUUGAUAAUGGUGUCAUUUACAUGGCCUAUGUUGAUACAAGUAGGUAGAUUAAAAAAGAAAAAUAGUUUAGUCGUUGCAGCAUAAAAGACGUCCGGGAAGCAAACUUAUAAACAGUAGUAGAGUGCGACUCUUUCCUUUUCAAGGAAAUUUUGAAGUUUUAUCUUGUCAUAUCUGUCACACCCGUGAUGACAUUUCAAAGGCAGUAAAAAAAAAAAGCUGUCAAAAUAAGCAUAAGUAAUGCAGUUUAGACACUGAGUGUGUAGUUUUUCAACUAAGCUCGUCCAACCGUCUGCCAACAUUUCAAAAAAGUAAAAAAAAAAAAAAAAAAAAAAAAAAAAGAUCUGUUAAAACAGGCAUAAGUAAUGCACUUUAAAAGCAGAGUGAGUAGUUUUUCAACUAAGCUGUUUCAGCCCUAAAACACGAGCACAGUAGGAAACAUAACAUUAGUUUAUUUUGUAGAAAUUUGGUGGGGGGAAAAAAUGGAAAAAAUUAUAAAAUCUCAUUUUAACUUAAAAACAUCACGAUUCACUUCUUUUUUCCCCCCCAGAGUUAGUCGCAAUCAUAGUUUUUUCAGGUCCCUGCAAAUUACUAUACACAAGACAUUAAUGCCAUAGUGCCCUUAUAUAGUCCACAUAUUUGUUGUUAUCUUGAACCAUUUGCCACUUGGUAAGUAAAUUAAUAAAAUAUUGUAUGUAAUUGUUUUGUUAUUGAUUUUUUUUUGAGAACUUGUAGAAAACAGUCUGCUGUAAAAGGUUGACUGAUCUCCAACUGGUUCUAAAUGUUUCUUUCUUACUGUAAAAACCAAGACAAUAUUAAUGUGUUGAAGUAAAAUUAAAAAAAAAAUAUUUCUGGUAACUAAAUGUUUUCUUUGUUUAAAU